AUCGUUCAGUGAACGCACCACCGCUGUCUGCUCUCUAGUUACAGUAUGGCGGCUGGGACUUGCGGAGGAGGACAACUUCUUCUAGAUUCCUUCCACAAAACUGUUGGAAGGCGACGGCAUUAAUAUAAAACUUAUAGCGGCAACCACGAGGUACACUGCAACAGACGACAGCGGCAUAACUUGUGUUUCUUACUGGGGCUUUCCCCAGAAAAUAAUCGGACUGGUGUGUGAUGCGUGAGGACCCGCAGUCAAGAAACUCCCCUGAUUUUUCCGCGUCGGUUUCUGCUUUGACUGUCAGUUAGCCGGCUAGCUGCUAGGUAGCUCCCUUCAAUGCUAACGCUCGCCUGCAGAGCUCUAUAUUAGCAAAAAGAAACGCUAGCGUGUUGCUUUUAUUUACUCCAGGUGACAGGGAUGGUAUACCGUAUCCAUUCGGUAAGCGGACUGGUUGAAAAAGAUGGGGCGAAAAAAUUUGUGGACCUGGACGAUAACUUUGUCAGUACUCAUUAGCCUAGCCUAGCUUAACCUAGCUUUCUAGUACAACGCCAAAAGAGAGUUAGCGCUUCGCCUGUCCACCAGCGAGUUAGCCAAUUAGCAUUUUAGUUGCACAAGACGACCAGAUAAUCCUCCCCUGUUCAUCCCGGUGGAUGGUUUUGAAACGUCUCCGCUGACUAAUUCAGACGAAGAGUGGGCAUUGAGCUGCUUUAGUUUUAUAACUCAGGGGUGUUUUGGCGUUCGGGCUCGCUAGGUGUUCUCUGGUGGAGGGAGUGGUGAAGGUAGGGAGAUAGGAAGGUAGCUAAGGUUCCCUGCAUCAGGGCAACAAGGUCACUCAGAUUAUGAAGAGCCAUACAUGUCAACUACACUUAUAGAUGACACUUUAGUAAAUGACAGACGCGUGUGUGUUGUGUGUAUGUGUGUAUAGGGUGAUGAACGCUGGGGUGUGUGCCUGCUGUUAGCUUGCUGCAAGAGAAGACAACACAGCUCAGAAGCGCGCAAUAAUUGGACCUACUGCUCUUGAUAUACGUUAAACACACAGUUUAGUCAGCACAGAAGGAGUUUGAUGGACGUGAGGGGCUGUCAGUGCUAUACUAACUCAUGUAUGUCUUGACACAUGGCAGCUUGGUCUGUACAUAGUGCCUGCUGUCACAUAUAAGCGUCGUUAUGUAGCUUCGGUGGGCAGUCAGUGAGGGGAAUGUCCUGUCUUUUUUUAUACCUGUUGGUUUGUUUUUUAUUUCUCACACACGAGAGAGGACCAUGUUUACUAGUUAGUGCCUAGAAGAUUAGAGGACUAACAUUUCAGCCUACAGAUAGGCCGCAGAUAUCGUAGAUUAUUCCUAUUUUUUUUGGAGGAGGGACUGCACCAGAAAAACCUGCCACUCUGGAUCAAGAAAACUUGCCCCUCGUCACUGGUUGGAGUAAUACUCUCAAGCCAAAAUCAAUGCCUUCAGCGCUGGCAAUAUUCGCCUGCCGACCCAACUCGCACCCAUUCCAGGAGCGGCAUGUGUACCUGGAUGAGCCCGUCAAGAUCGGCAGGUCGGUGGCUCGGUGCCGGCCAGCCCAGAACAACGCCACCUUCGACUGCAAGGUGCUGUCCAGGAAUCACGCUCUGGUGUGGUUUGACCACAAGACUGGCAAGUUCUACCUGCAAGACACUAAAAGCAGCAAUGGGACAUUCAUCAACAGCCAGAGGUUGAGUCGUGGCUCGGAGGAGAGUCCGCCCUGUGAGGUCCUCUCCGGCGACAUCAUCCAGUUUGGCGUCGACGUCACUGAGAACACACGCAAAGUCACCCAUGGCUGCAUCGUGUCAACAAUCAAACUCUUCCUACCUGAUGGGAUGGAGGCACGCCGACGAAGCGAUGUCAUCCAGCCUCCAUUACCACUACCUAUAGACAAGGUUGCAGCCAACACUCCCAGUAUGUAUUCUCAGGAACUGUUCCAGCUCUCCCAGUAUCUACAGGAGGCCUUACACAGAGAGCAGAUGUUGGAGCAGAAGUUAGCCACUCUGCAGCGUCUGUUAGCCACCACUCAGGAGGCCUCAGAGAGCAGCUGGCAGGCUUUGAUUGAUGAGGACCGUCUUCUCUCCAGGCUGGAGGUGAUGGGCAGUCAGUUACAAGCUUACUCUAAGUCCCAGACAGAGGAAGGGAUCCGUAAGGAACUCUUGGCUCUUCAGGAGGACAAACACAACUACGAGACAACGGCAAAGGAGUCUCUGAGGAGAGUUCUGCAGGAGAAGAUUGAGGUGGUCAGGAAGCUGUCAGAGGUGGAGCGCACCCUCAGUAACACCGAGGACGAGUGCACCCACCUGAAGGAGAUGUCUGAAAGGAGUCAGGAGGAGCUGAGGGAGCUCGCCAACAAGUACAACGCGGCCGUUAAUGAGAUCAAAGAGCUCACUGACAAAAUUAAGGCUGCAGAGGGAAGACAAGAGGAGCUCACUCAGCGGGGCGCGACAGAGAAGAGGGAGUUGGAACUACGGAUUGAAGAAAUGGAGGAGAAGGAGCAGGUUCUCCAGGCUCGCAUCGAGGCUCUGCAGGCAGACAAUGACUUCACCAAUGAGAGGCUCGCUGCCCUGCAGGUGCGGUUAGAACAGCUACAAGAGAAAAGCAUUAAAGAGAACAACAGUCUGGAUGUCGUCACUGUCCCCCACGGACCAGUAGAGGAGCUUGUCGAGGACAGAGAUUCCACACAGCAGAUACGCGAGAGCCAGGAGGAAGACGAUGAUGAGGAGGAUACAGACACCGAUGAUGGUGCAGUUGGGGAAGAUGAAGAUGGUGCAGUUGGGGAAGAUGGAGAUGCUGAUGACAACUGUCAUGUUAACAACAGCGGAGGAGACUCGACUAGAAACCAACAAUUAAUUGACUGUCCGCCCGUCAUAGACCUAAAGAAGACCGUCAGUGAUUCACUCCACAAACUGGCCAACUUUGAUGAAGUGAUGGACGCCCACUUACAGAACAACCAGACGGCGGGAGAUGACAUCCUGACCAGCCCUGAUCGACUCAAAGGGAAUCAGAUGGAUGCCAAAGAGUCAGACAUGUCCGACACUCUGAGUCCCAGCAAAGACCGCAGCAGUGACGACACGUCAGAUGGAAACAUGAACGACCAAGAGCUGAAUGAACCUCAGAACAGAGUAGCUCUGCUCAAAGAUGAGCUACAUCGGGCCGGUCUAGAGCCUGGAGACACGGAGCAGGUCAUCCACCAUCUCCACAGAGAGCUUCUGGAGGCCCAAGAAUUAGCCAACACCGGCAAGCAGAAAUGUCUAGAGCUACAAGCUCUGUUGGAGGAGGAGAGGAGGAGUAACUCUCAGCUGACUGAGGAGUCGACCAAACAGAUCCAGUUCUUGCAGACUCAGCUUGGGAAGCUUCAGGCUGACAUGGAGGCACUGAGGGAGCAGAGGGAGAGCACCAUCUGUAGCACCAGAGAGGAGCUUUACUCUGCCCAGGAGGAGAUUCUUGUCCUGCGACACGCUAUGGAGGCGGCCACGGCGGAGCGGGAGCGUGAGAUCACUGUCCUGCAGGCAGACCUGGUCAGUGUGCGCUCCGAGCUAGAGCACUGGAGGAACACAGCCGCCAAAUACGAGGAGGAGAUCGCCCGGCUGCAGGAGGCCUUCACGCAGCAGGAACAGCGGCAGACUGCUGCCAGCGAGCUGCAGGUGGAGUGCACUGCAUUGCACCAGCGGUGUACGUGUUUGCAGCAGGACUGUGAUGGCCUGAGAGCUGAGAGGAAAACACUCACAGAAAAACUGCACCGCCUGGAGGCUGAGCUGAGCAGCACCAGGGAGAAGAGUCUGGUCCUCAGCAGCAGUCUGGAGUCUCUGGAGAAGAGGGAGGAGGUUUUGCAGGACAAACUGGGUUCUCUGGAGAAUCAGCACCUGCAGGACGCGAGCAGGCUAAAGAGCCAGCUGGACCAGGCCCAGGCCAACACACACACACUGCAGAAAGAGUAUGAAGACACACAGUCCCAGCUAUCUGAUCUCCGUCAGCGUUAUGAGAGAACAGAGCAGGAGAAGCUGAACAUCCACCAGGAGCUGGAGCAGUGCAGGAGCAGCCUCAAGCUGCUGCAGGACAAGUCCAGCUCUAGCGGCUGGAGCCCCUGGAUGCCGGUCGUCGCAGUGAUGGUCGCCGUGACGGCCGCCGUCCUCUACCCCAACCUCUCCAAGAGCAGCUCCACCUAGGACACAAAACACAAGCGAACACACACACGGAGCGCCGUGAGGAGAGCGUCACUGCUUUACUUGUAUAAAGUCUAAUUGUACAUAAUUGUAGAGGGAUAUAAAGGUUGUGGUUUCUACAGAGGACUCAGAAGCUUCUUGGAUUAUUUUGUUUUGGGUUUUUGUUGUUGUUGUUUUUCCUGCGGCGGGGAGUGUUGUUGUUUUUAUUCUCCGCUCUCUCAGCUCUGGUGGGGGGCUCCUUUUUUUUUUUUUUUUUUUUCUUUCCCCCCCCUUUCCCCAUUUUUUUUCGUCUCUCUGCUGAUUUCCAGGUAACAAAACGUUCUCCAGCAGGUGGAGCUUCCACAUACACACAAACCUGCUUAAUGCUAACCCGGCGCUUUCCAGCAGCUUCGAACGUCACUGACAGGUAAAUUUGUCUGUUUCACCUUUACCUCUGAGGACAGAGUUUCUGAAGAAGAGAUGGCUUUUCUUUUACACAGCUCCACAUUCAGCUUAAAUUUACUUGCUAAAUUCUUCAAACCAGCUCGUUGUGUUAGAGCAGAUCUAGAGGAGGAGCCACUUUUUCUUGAUCCCAGUUUACAGACGUCAGCUGUAAUUCACCCAGGGGAUGUGCCCAUCUUCGAUUUAUACUAAUAAAUACUUUUUGAAUCUCCUUCAGGACACAAAAUAACCACACAUUUCAUUUUAGUUUUCCCUGAUAAAAUGCCCAAAACAGAUGAAACAAGAAUUUAAGGCACUUCCUUGAUAGCAGCUGUUUCCAAACAGUAACUAAAGGUUAGAAGUGUAGUUAAACCACAGCGGAGGUUUAUUUUAGGGCAAGGUUGUAGUACUUGAAUGGGCACGCCAGUAAAGUGGCCCACGGUGCUGCGACAUCCCUCAGCUCCACCGAUUGCUACAGUUACUACAAUUAAAAUGAUAAAAACAGAAACGUUCUCUGGUUUCCUGCUAACAUCUCAGUUUCACUAGAGUUCGAGUAAUUCGAAUGCUUUGGGCUUUAAGAUCUGUUUUUGGUCAGAUAGACGUUCGUUCAGUGACUUCAGGUGUUCUGCCUUAAAUGUGAGUUCAGGUGACCGUGCAUCACAUCGGGCUUGAGCAGGUCUGAGUUUAUAGACUCGGGGUGAUCCUGGCUCUAAGAGCACAAACGAAGCACAAAUGAUGACGAAGUGCACCAUGUCAUCGUGAUUAACCCGAGGCUGCUGGGAAGCUCUCGCGCUGAAGCAAUUUCAGGAAGCUCUGCCCUGUUCUGCUUUCAGUCGGCCAUGUUGGAUGUCUAACUUGGCGUUUUCUCUGGGGUUAUUUUCAUUUGUUUCUGUUUGGGGAAAUUCUGGGGUCUGGGUUGAAACUUGAAGCCAAAUUAUUGAAAUAAAAUCUGAUUUAUUUUGUGUUGGGUUUACUUUUUUCUUUCUCCAUGUUGGGGGCACAGAGAAAAGGGGUCAAAGUGCCUCUGAUGUAACUAACACCACACUUUGUGUAUGUGUGCAGACACACACACACACACACACACCUCCCCUGAUAUAUACACACACACACUUGGUUUGACAGUCAGAGGUUGCUUUUUCCAGGGCUUUCAGCUUAAUCACGGCUCUUUAAAUGUCUGAGAAUUUCCCAGAAUUCAGAUUAACCGACUAUACAACACCCGAAGAGCAAAGUUUAAAAGGAGGAACAAGAAAAUUUGUAAAAAAUGUUUAACGGGCCAAAUAUCAAAAUCUAUUCAUUUUUUUAAUGACACACAAGACAUCAGACCUCUGAUGAAAUAUUUUGAGAGACAUUGAAUCAUUUCAAAGUGUGUGUGUUGGUAGACAGGGAUGUGUGUGUGUGUGUGGGUUCAGUCUGGACUCUUGAGCAGCGUUCGUCAUCGUUCGUGUACUCCGUUUCGUCUCCGUGUUUAAAAAGAACUAAAAUAAGACAAUGAACAAAUACUCCUGAUGUGUAAAGAGAAAAAACACUACAGAACAGAGAGAGAAUUGUAAGAUAAAAUGUUAUCGACUGAUGUGCUACUAGACUUAUUUUGUUAAAACUGUUUAGAGAUAUGAGAGGGAGCUAUGUAGAGGAUAUGAUGAGGAUGUAUUGAAUAUGCAGAGCGAUGUUUGGAUUAAAGUUGUAGCAAGCUGACCCACCAAA